AUGGUGAAGCAUGUAUUAAAUGCAAUGCCUUCACAUCAAAUGGGAGUUUUUAAAAUACCAAAAGCAACCAUUAAAGAAAUGGACAGAGUGCAAAGGAAAUUAUGGUGGAAAAAGCAGAACGGGAAGGGAGUAUACUUAACAUCUUGGGACCAUGUCAACAUCUACAAGGAAAUUGGUGGUAUGGGUUUUAGAGAUUUAGAGUGCUUCAACAAGGCUUUAUUAGCAAAAUCUGUUUGGAGACUAUACCAUAAUUCUCAUCAGUUGUGGGCCAAAGCAUUGAAGAAAAAGAAUUUCCCUGACACCUCACUGUUGGGAGAUGGAAGAAGAAUCAUUACCUGGAAGGACAACUGGAUCGCAGGGAAAUAUGAACCACCAAUAUCCAUUACAGAGUUCAAAGUUUUUGUUAAAUACAAUACGGUAUAUGAUCUUAUUGAUGAAAAUACUAAGGCUGGGAAGGUUGAUAAUGUCCAUCAGUUGUUCUCCCCUGAAGAUGCUCAUAAGAUUCUAACUAUGAGAAUACCUGCAAACAACACAGAUAGACUGGUAUGGACUCUCACAAAAAAUGGGAAGUUCACAGUGAAAUCCGCCUACAGAAAGCUUGUUGAUAUCAAGACCAAUGCGGCUGCACUUUAUGAUCCUGAAAUGACAACAAUAUGGAAGCAUUUAUUGAGCUUAGACACCUUGCCGAGGAUCAAGACUUUCUUAUGGAAGUGUGUUAAUGAUAUUGUACCUUCAAGUGAAUGCAUGAACAUGGUUAUGCACUCUGAAAGCGACUACUGCAGGAUGGGACUAAUACUUCGUAAUUCUGCAAGUGUGUUUGAGCAAGGAAGAUGCAUCCAUGAACAUGGACACUUAGACGCAGAACACGCAGAAGUAGAAGGACUGAUGCAGGCUAUAGUAUGGGCAGAAGAACUCAACUUGCAGCAAGUGUGUUUUGAGAUGGAUGCUCAGAAUGUAGUAGCAGCAGCUAAGGGGGAGUACCAGAAAGUCAGAUGGGAACUACAACCACUGAUCUUAGAUAUUAUUAAUUUAUUUAGCAAGCAUCCAUUAUGGACUUGCAAGUUUAUCUAUAGGAAGUUCAAUAAACCAGCUGAUAAGCUGGCUAAACAUUCCCGCAAUUUUCAGAUUAGUAUAAGUUGGUCUCAGUAUCCACUAAACUUCAUAGUAGAAGCAUUAUAUGCUGAUAUGAAUGAUUUAAUUGAUUCCAAUAUCUAA